CUUUCUCCUACCGUUCUCCUGGAGAUGCGUCGCGCGAAUUCCAAUGCUCUUCAAGCUGAGGAAUGUUCAUUCAAGGGGUGAAUUGUUGGUUUCCAGGAAUGUGGGCCUCACCAUUGACCGCUCGUCCAUACAACCCCCGACUUGUCCCCAACUUUUUGCCAUCUUCCCCUCGGGAACCUCACUGACCAUAGUCGUUCUUUACCUGAGGGUUUUCUUGUUGGGCUUUUCUUCUACAGCAGCUUAUCAUGCGAAAAGAAGCAGUUUUGCUCUUCGCUAGCCUGGCGGCGGCACAGAGCACUACGACCUUGUCGCAAGUCAGUUAUGUUUACACAUCAACCUCUACCGUGACCAUUUGGGAGUUCACUACUACCACAACCUGCGACUGUACUUCGUCAUCGUCUGCAUCAGCAUCAGUGGAUCCUACUCUCACGCAGUCGUCGUCGUCAUCAACAACAACAACUACUACUACUAGCAGCACGACCGCUGUCACCACCAAUGGCGAUCUUCCAGUUACAUCUACAAGCCUAAGCCCGACAUUGUCCACUUUGCCUGGAACAAGCACGCAGCUCAGUUCAUCCAUGUCGAUCUCCACCCAACUGCCAAGCAGCAGCAUCUCCGUUGCCAGCUCGUCUACCUCUAUAGGGUCUGGCCCGGUGGUCACAAAUCAAGCCUACAUUGAUGCCAUUGUGCAAAAUCACAAUGCACACAGAUACAAUCAUUCGGCCCCGUUCCUGAAUUGGUCCCCAAGCCUGGCAGCAACAGCAAGGAAGACUGCCGAAAGAUGUGUCUACGAGCACGACACUGCGACUGAUGGUGGGGGAUACGGUCAGAAUAUCGGAGCUGGAUUCGAUGCAACACCAGCCCAGAUGCGAAACUUUGUUUCUGGGAGCCUGUACAACGGCGAAGUGGGUUUCUACACAGCCUACGGCAGCGAACCCAACAUGGACGACUUCACCAAAUGGGGCCAUUUCACCCAGAUUGUCUGGAAGGCGACCACAAGUGUUGGUUGCUACACAAAUGACUGCAGUGCAACCGGUCUCGCAAAGGCUGCCGGCGUUUUACCAUUCUUCACCGUGUGUAACUAUUCACCUCCCGGAAAUCUCUUGGGGUCUUUUGCAGUCAAUGUUGGCUCUUCUAUCGGCCUUCCAACCUUGCCUCCUCCGUACGAUGUCACUCCAUAUCUCCCGCCACAAUAAGCCAGACUGGCAUAGAACUACGUUCUAGGUGCACAUAAUUCAUAACUCUUAGGAUUGGGCAUGGGAUUGCUGCAUCGACUAGCAGCGUGGUUGUCGGCUUCUUCUAGUCUGUUCUCUUUGCAUUACUGCUCUCUUGUUAGCCUCGCUCCAUAGCUCUUCCGCAAAC